CAGCCGUCUUUUUCAAUUCUUCCCCGCCAUUUCAGUUAGUUCCACGGAGUGCAGUCUGCUUUCUUUGGGAAUAAGCUCGGAAAUGUCCCGUGGGCGGAUGUCGCUGACGGCCUGAAUAGCAUGACGUUGCGCUGCCUAUAAAUCCCACCAACCGCACCAUCCAGCUCUGACGUGAACCUUCUCCGACCAGGGUCUGUGUUUAAUUCUCUUUGCAUUUCUGUCAUCUCACGAUGGCUAUACAAACGGUCGCGAUCGCCGCUAUCGCGGUGGUCUACUUUAUCAUCCGCUAUUUCAACCGCACCGACGUGCCCAAGAUCAAAGGCCUCCCCGAAAUCCCCGGCGUGCCCAUCUUCGGGAAUCUAUUACAGCUCGGCGACAAACAUGCGACGGUAGCUGGCGCGUGGGCGAAGAAAUUUGGCCCCGUCUUCCAGGUGCGCAUGGGCAACAAGCGCGUGGUCUUCGCAAACAGCUUCGACUCGGUGCGCCAGCUCUGGAUCAAGGACCAGUCCGCCCUCAUCUCCCGCCCUACAUUCCACACCUUCCACAGCGUCGUGUCCAGCUCGCAGGGUUUCACCAUCGGUACUUCCCCCUGGGACGAGUCGUGCAAGCGCCGUCGCAAGGCCGCCGCCACCGCGCUGAACCGCCCCGCCGUGCAGUCGUACAUGCCCAUCAUCGACCUCGAGGCCACGGCCAGUAUCAAAGAAUUGUUCAAGGAUAGCCAGGGCGGAACAGUGGACGUCAAUCCCACGGCGUACUUCCAGCGGUUUGCGCUCAACACCAGUCUGACGCUCAACUAUGGGUUCCGCAUCGAGGGCAACGUCGACGACAAGCUGCUCAAGGAGAUCUGCGACGUCGAGCGUGGCGUGUCCAACUUCCGCUCGACGAGCAACAACUGGCAGGACUAUAUCCCGCUGCUGCGCAUCUUCCCCAAGAUGAACAACGAGGCGCAGGAGUUCCGUGAACGUCGCGACAAGUACCUGACUUAUCUGCUAAGUAUCCUCAAGGAGCGCAUGGCCAGCGGCACGGAUAAGCCCUGCAUCACGGGCAAUAUUCUCAAGGACCCUGAAGCGAAGCUGAAUGAAGCCGAAGUCAAAUCGAUCUGUCUGACCAUGGUGUCCGCCGGCCUGGACACCGUCCCUGGAAACCUCAUCAUGGGCAUCGCCUAUCUCGCCUCCGAAGACGGCCAGCGCAUUCAACAAAAAGCAUACGACGAGAUCAUGGCCGUGUACCCCGACGGCGACGCCUGGGAGCGCUGCCUGGUCGAGGAGAAGGUCCCGUACAUCACCGCUCUGGUCAAGGAGAUUCUGCGAUUCUGGACUGUCAUUCCCAUCUGUCUGCCGCGGGAGAGCACUAAGGAUAUCAAGUACGAGGGGGCUACCAUUCCUGCUGGAACGACCUUUUUCAUGAACGCCUGGGCAGCCGACUACGACGAAGACCACUUCAAAAUGGCCGACCGCUUCAUCCCCGAGCGCUACCUCGAGGUCGGCGAAGGCUCCGGCACCCCCCACUACGGCUACGGCGCCGGCUCGCGCAUGUGCGCCGGUUCUCACCUCGCCAACCGCGAGCUCUUCACGGCGUUCGUCCGGCUCAUCACGGCCUUUACGAUGCAUCCUGCGCGUGAUCCGGCUGAUGCGCCUAUCCUCAACGCUAUUGACUGCAAUGCUAUCGCCACGGCGCUGACGACGGAGCCCAAGCCGUUUAAGGUGGGCUUUAAGCCGAGGGAUGAGGUCGCGUUGCGGAGGUGGAUUGAGGAGAGUGAUGAGCGGACGAAGGAGUUAUAAUCUUUCUUUCUUUUUAUUCUUUAUGAUACUUUGAGGAUCAACGUGUGGAAUGAUAUAAUAUUGAUUGACUAGGAUAGGAUAUGAUCAUCACGUCGUAUUUUGCGAGUGAUUCAAAUGGAAUGUACUGUGUAUACUACGCUGCAAUGGGAUGAGCGAAAUCUCCAAACAUAUUAUGUCUAGCCACUAUUGAGCUCAUCACGGGUUUACCCUAUCUUACCACAGCCCUU